GUGGUUACAGUCUUUACAUAAAUCAAACGGGACUUCCUUGAUGACCACUCUUCUUCACUUCAAUCGAGGUAGUUGUCAAUAACUGAAAAACAAGCUACAGAAUGUGGCAGGCAGCUCUCCUGGUGAUGGCUAUCAUCUUGUCUGUGGGCAGGGCCAGACCACAGCUCAAGCCUCUGUCCAGUGAAAUGGUCGACUACAUCAACCAGGUCAACACUACCUGGAAGGCCGGCCAAAAUUUCCGUCAUGUAGACCACAGCUAUGUCAAGAAGCUGUGUGGUACAUUUCUCAACGGACCCAGACUCCCCACCAUGGUCCGUUAUUCUGGAGACGUGAAGCUGCCGGAGAACUUUGACUCCAGGGUUCAGUGGCCUCAGUGCCCCACUCUGAAGGAGAUCAGGGACCAGGGCUCCUGUGGCUCAUGCUGGGCAUUUGGAGCUGCAGAGGCCAUCUCAGACAGGGUGUGUAUCCAUAGCAACGCCAAGGUCAGUGUGGAGAUCUCAUCCGAAGACCUGCUGAGCUGCUGCCACCUCUGUGGCAUGGGGUGUAACGGAGGCUAUCCAUCUGCUGCCUGGAGUUUCUGGGCCCAUGAAGGACUGGUGUCUGGCGGACUCUAUGAGUCCCACAUCGGCUGCAGGCCCUACACCAUCGCUCCCUGUGAGCACCAUGUGAACGGCAGCAGACCGCCCUGCACCGGAGAGGAGGGCAAGACGCCAAAGUGUGCCAAGAAUUGUGAGACUGGAUACACGCCAGGCUACAAACAGGACAAGCACUUUGGGAAGAGCUCUUACAGUGUCUCAUCAGACGUGGCAGAGAUUCAGGCGGAGAUCUAUCAAAAUGGACCAGUGGAGGGCGCUUUUACCGUAUACGCAGACUUCCCACUUUACAAGACUGGUGUGUAUAAACAUGUUUCCGGGGAGGCAUUGGGCGGCCAUGCCAUUAAGAUCCUGGGCUGGGGAGUGGAGGAUAGCAUCCCAUACUGGCUGUGUGCCAACUCAUGGAACACAGAUUGGGGAGAUAAUGGGUUCUUUAAGAUCCUGCGUGGAGAGGACCACUGUGGCAUCGAGGCUGGAAUUGUGGCUGGAAUCCCUGUGUAAAAUGGUUCGACGCUAUAGCUGCCGUUAUGUAGCUGUAUUCCACUAUCACCGGACAUUUUAAGGAAAAGUGAUCAAAUGAAACUUGCUUGCACUGAACUGUUUCACAUGCUUUAAUUUGCAGUGGACAAGUAGGCCAACCAUUUUUUUAGUUUUUAUAGUAUAUCCCAAAAUUGCCAUGUGGGGAUAUUUUUUAAUCUAUUCACAAACUUCUGUUUCCUUUAAUUUGUAAGAUUGAGAUAAGCCUCCAUAGACUGGUGUGUUUUUUUUUACUUGCCGAUAAAGAGAUGUUUCUUAUUUUUGUCAGUAUUAAGGGUGCUCUUUUUAGAGUUGUUUAUCUCUAUGCUGAUCAAAUUGAUGUGAUCUUUUUUUUUGUUUUGAGAACAAUAAACAGAAUAAAUUUACCUCA